AUGACCAUUCAAGGCCUCCUCGUUGCGCUGCUUGCGGCUGGGAAGUGUCUCGGAGAGCCCGUAGUCUCACCUUGGACAGCCAACCGAGACCUCUCUACGGCUGUUGAACUGCGGCAUAACCCCUACCGACUGGCACCAAGCUCGACGGCGGCCAAUGGAUUGGAUCUCUUGAACAUUGUUCUUGUCGCCUCUAUUGAUGGGAGGCUCCAUGCGCUCAACAGGACGUCGGGAGACUUCAUUUGGUCGAUGAAGACGGCCUCGGGCACUGAAUCAGCGGCCCUUGGCCCUCUCGUGCGCACGAAGCACCCGGAUCUCGAUCCAGACCUUACGGAUGAUGACUCUGUGAACAGAGAGGUCUAUCUUGUCGAACCACAGUCUGGCGACAUCUACAUCAUGUCUACCCCGGACAGCCCUUUGCAACGACUUCCGUUCUCUAUGCCUCAGCUCGUCGACAUGUCUCCGUUCAGCUUCCCCUCGGACGACGACCGAAGGAUGUUCGUGGGUCGGAAGGAAACGUCGUUACUGUUGGUAGAACUGGAGACGGGUAGGGUGAGGACGAUGAACCACGAGUGCCCAUGGGAUCCAUUCCAAGACCUGGCCGAGCCUGCAGAGUUCGACCUCGACCUGGAUGAUCUGGAAAGCGCCGGGCCGCCCAAGAGAGCUAAACCGACCGAAGUGUACAUCGGGCGCACCGACUACCAUAUCUCGAUACAUACCCGCCCGUCGCGAGCGUCAUCCGUUAGGCCGCCCGUACAGAACCUGUCAUUCUCCGUGUACGGGCCCAACAAUCAGGACCUCGGCAUACAGUCCGCAUAUCGACACACCGCGGACAAUGCGUACAUACAGCCGCUUCCGAACGGGGAGAUCGUCUCCUUCACAUCCGACACCGUACAGAGCGCCGACUCCGACAUGGCACGGAAUACCCACUUCGAAUGGGGUCGGGCAUUCUCUACUCCCAUCGUCGCUGUCUUCGAUGUUCUGCGUUCUUCUCAUCGUCAACAGCCCUUCGUGCUUCUCCAACCGCGUCUGCACCUCGAGGAUAUCCUCCCUUCCGCCGAGCUUCGCAAAGCUGCCACACGUCAGAGCAUGCCAUUCGAUGCAGCCUUCGUAGGUAUAGUCGAAGAGACGGGCUCGCUCUACGCCAUGGGCCCGGACACGUUCCCGCUCGCGAUCUUCGGUGACGCGGGCGUGGGGCGCUUCCUCGACGCUGCGCCGCGCGACACUCACUUCGAUGAUGAGUUCGGUCGCGACGAGGACCUACCAGAGGAUCUGGACUCCGUCACGCGUCGGGCGCGAGAGCGGCGGCUCCGGAAAAUGUGCACAGAGGGAAGCAGUGACCUGAGGUGUCUGACGGGCGUACGCCGGCUGGAAGCUGGGACGCAGUCUCGGUUCAGCAGGCUGCUGGACGCCGCCCCGUCGGUGCCCUCCGCACCCGAAGAACGCAAUGCUAACGUCAACACACAGACGAGUCAGGAGCACACGAUGUCGGCUCAGUUAUUGUUGGAUCCGCAUCGGAGCGCAAGCACCUCGGGCUCUGCCCUGUCGGCCUUUGCAGCGUGCGCAUUAGCGUUGCUCAUGGCCUUCGUGUGGAUGGGUCUGAGGCACAAGUCAGGCAAGCCGCCGCCUGCUUUCUCCAGUCCCAUUCCGGAGCCUCAGGAGCGAGAAAGUCCCGCUGAAGAGAAUGCCGCGGUGACACCUGUACCCAUGGAUGGUAACUCGGCGCGCGAUGGUCCCAUCGUGAUCGAUUCACCUGAUCGCAAACGCACAGCCUCGGCAGCAUCACGCCCUAGUACGCCGCGUCCCGGCACACCUGUCAAGAGGCCGUCAGCCAUCGCAAUACCGGAGCCACCAGCUGAUCUAGACGGAGAUCCCGCGGAAGGCGACGACAGCGAUAAGGACGGCGAGUCGGAGCUGCCAGCGAAACGCAAGGGCGUGCGCAGGAAGCGCGGAAAGAAGAAGCGGGGAGGCGCUACUGGUGGCGGAGCAGAGGACGAGAAGGAGAACGGCGAGGAAGUGGCUAACAGCGACGUGCCCAAUGCCAAUGCCAAGGUGUACGGGGGCAAGGACGUGAUGUAUGUGGUGGGUGAAUCCGCCGUCGCUGUUUCUCCGUCAUCUGGAGAGACACCUGUCGAACCGUCUCUGGUCGUGUCGGACACUGUCUUGGGUUUUGGGUCCCACGGGACAGUCGUAUUCAAGGGCUCUCUGCAAGGACGUGCCGUCGCCGUCAAGCGUCUCUUGCAAGACUUCGUCACUUUGGCGUCCCGAGAAGUGAACGUCCUGCAGGAGUCCGACGACCAUCCCAACGUCAUCCGGUACUAUUACCAAGAGUCUCGCAGCAACUUCCUAUACAUCGCGCUCGAGCUCUGCCCUGCCUCACUUGCAGAUAUCAUCGAGCACCCCAACGAGUUCCAGGAGAUCGUGGGCGCGUUCGACCCCAAGCGCGCUCUGCGCCAAGUGACUGCCGGCCUGAGGCACUUGCAUGCUCUCAAGGUUGUCCACAGAGACAUCAAGCCCCAAAAUAUUCUCAUUUCUCAUGCGAAGCGCGGCGCCGGUCAUAGGAUGCUCAUCUCCGACUUUGGCCUGUGCAAAAAGCUCGACUUUGACCAGACGAGUUUUUUGCCUACUGCACAUGGCACAAUCGGCGCUGGCACUAUUGGCUGGCGGGCUCCGGAGAUUCUGAGGGGAGAGGUGAAACUCGACGAGACUACCGGAGAUGACUCGCAAUCAGGCUCUUCCCGGGGCUCUGUAGGCACCCCGCGGGUGGGCACACCGACGGGCAAGCCGGCACGCCUGACCAAGUCGGUGGACAUCUUCGCGCUGGGCUGCCUGUACUACUACGUCCUUACGAAUGGUGGACACCCGUUCGGCGACCGGUUCGAAAGGGAGGCCAACAUCAUGAAGAAUGCGAAGUCGCUGGAAGGCUUGCAAUGCUUUGGGGAAGAGGGUUCAGAAGGCGUUGACCUGAUCACCCGGAUGUUGAGUCCAGAAGCAUAUGAUCGGCCGGAUACCACUUCAUGCUUACUACACCCGUACUUUUGGGAUCCUGGGAAGCGGUUAACCUUCCUCCAGGAUGCCUCUGACCGGUUCGAAAUUAUGUGCCGGGACCCCCGAGACGCUAACUUGGUUGUACUCGAAACGGGCGCCGUUGAAGUCGUUGGCAAUGAUUGGCAUUCUCGCUUGGACAAGCUCUUCAUUGAAAUCUGGGCAAAUUCAGAAAAUUUGUUGCGUGCAUUGCGGAAUAAAAAACACCAUUACCAAGACCUCCCCGACAACGUCAAGCGCCUCCUCGGCUCUAUGCCAGAAGGCUUCCUUGCAUACUUCACACGACGCUUUCCCCUCCUCUUCCUCCAUGUGCAUUCCGUCAUCGCCAACUCCACCCUCCGCAGCGAAUCCAUGUUCCGCACGUAUUUUGAGUUAUCUGACUGA